AUGAAUGUGAAAGAUCAAUUAAAUAAAUUGGGAUGGUCAGUAAAAAUGGAAUUUUUCGAAGGAAAUCAACAAUCAUUUGAAUUUAUGAAAAAACAAUUACUUGAUAGUGAUAUACGGCACACCGGAGAAAAAUGUUUACCCGAAAUAACAAAACUUGAUCAAACAACAAAACCGUAUAUCAUCCAAUUGCAUAAAACUCGUAAUGUGACAGCACCAAAAGACAACGAAGGAUCAUCAAAUCGACCACAUCUCUAUCGAUUGACAAUAACAGAUGGACACGCUUUUCAAAAUGCAAUUGUUUUACCAUCAUUACGAAAUUUUAACUUCGACACACCACCAGGUGUUAAAAUUUUAUUAAAACAAAAGACCAAAGUUUUAAAUGGGUUUUAUAUAUUAAAUGAUCAAACCUGUGAAGUACUUGGUGGUACGGUAAAUGAACUUGUUCAUAAAUGGAAACUUAAUAAACUAAUGGGUAAACAUGUUCGAACAUUAAUUGGAGAAGGUGCACCCCCGCCAUGGGUACCAUUUGGUACUAGAAAUGCAUCAACAACUAAAGUUGACACGUCUAAACGUUCGAUGGAUGUAGCUAAAGUGCAACAAAAUACUGAAGAAGAUCCAGAAUUUGUUCGUCAACGUCGUGCUGCUAUUGAUAAUCUUCUUACUGGUCAAAAAUCAAAAACACAAACACUUGCUCAACAAAAUGUUAUGAACGGUAGAAAUGUAAAAAAAUGUUUUGAACAAACAAGUCAAAGAGUAGUCACUGAAAGACCAAAAACAGCAUCUGCAGCUCUUUCUUCAUCAACAGCUUCUAAUAAACCAUCGAAUAUGGCAGCAUCGGUUGAAGCAAUUAAAGCUAAUAGUCGAUUACCAGAAUGGGCGAAAAAUCAAAUAGCAGAUGAACCUACAGCUGAAGAUAAACGACGAGGGCAAUCAGAUCGUAAACCACCUUCUAAACCUGGCUUUGACGAUGAUGAUAGUCGACCAAGACGUGGCGGAGGUUUUGGACGUAAUCGACGUGGUGGUCGAGGACGUGAUGAUGAUGAUGGUGGUGAAGAAACACGUCCAAGUAAAGAUGUAACUUUAUUCGAUUUUUUUGGAGCGAAACCAGCUUCUUUAACACAAAAAGCCCAGUCAAAACCUCAAAAGAUCGAUCCAAAACCAAAGUAUAUUCCCGCUCCUACUGUCGCUGCUGCUGCUGCUAUUGUUGCUUCUAAUCAAUCGCAAGUAUCAAGUGCUGUUAAUAAACAAAUCUUCGAAUUUGAAGUCGGCGAUCAAGUAUUAGCUCGAUACUAUGAAGAUAAUGAAUAUUAUCCUGCUAUUGUAAUGAGCAUUAUGUACGAAACUCAAAAAUGUUCAAUUAUGUAUGAAGGUUUUAAUGAGCCGGAAAACUUGAAUUUCGAUGAUAUUGAACCAUACGAAGAAGGAUAUUACGACGAACAAGGCGAAUAUGCACAAGAACAACAACCACCACCGCCGUCGACGUCAUCACAACGAAAUAAUCUGACUCCUCAAUAUCAACAAGCAUCUCAAUAUGGUCAAUCAGGUUAUGGUUAUUACAAUCAACAACGUGAUAAUCAAAAUCGAAAUCGUCCCAAUUCAAGUCGAGGUUAUCCACAACAACAACAACAACAACAACAGCACUAUCCUAAUCAAUACAAUAAUAAUAACUAUUAUUAA